AUGUACGGACUUCUAUUACAAUCGGCGAUCGAAAUUAUUCGAGCAAAAUAUGGUCAAGAAACAUGGGAACAGAUCAAAACCAUGCUUCACCUGGAUCUCAAUUCCUUUUCGGCUUUUCAACAAUACGGUGAAACCUUAUUCGUUCGGAUAACGAAAAUCUUAAGUGAAACAAAGAAUGAACCGAUUGGUGACCUCAUGAAUACCUUCGGUCUUGAAUUUGUCUCUUAUAUAUCAAAUUAUGGUUACGAUCGUGUUUUGCGAAUUCUUGGGCAUAACAUGCGAGAUUUUCUCAAUGGUUUGGAUAACUUGCAUGAAUAUAUGCGUUAUACUUACCCUCGGAUGCGUCCGCCAUCAUUCUACGUCGAAAAAGAAACGGCUCAUGGUUUAACGCUUCACUAUCGAAGCCGACGAAGAGGUUUUGUUCACUACGUCAUCGGACAAAUUACUGAAGUAGGCCGUCGAUUUUAUGAUACUGACGUAGAGAUCGAGAUUAUCAGUCAACGCGAAGAAUUCGAUGUUACCCAUGUUGUUUUCGAAUUGAAAUUUGAAAAUACUGCUUAUGUUAAACAAGCAACAGCAGAUAAAGAUUCAACUGAACUUGAUCUAACGAUUGAUUGUCAUAUAUUUUUCGAAUUAUUUCCAUUUCAUAUGGUUAUCUCUGAAACGUUAGAGAUUAUUUCAGCUGGAGAUUCGUUAACUCAACUAUUUCCGAAUAUCGUCGGAGAACUCAUUCGUGACAUCUUCAAUCUUGUUCGACCGAUCAUUACCUUAAAUUGGUCGCAAAUUGUUUUACAUUCCAAUAAUGUCUUUGAAUUUUCAACCAUUGAACCAUUACGAAAGCAAAUGAAUGAAAAUGAUUUACAAAUCAAUGAUGCCAGACAACAAAACGAUUCGGAAAUGCUCUUGACAAUGACUGCUCAACGUGAUGUUCAAGAAGAGUAUCUGCGUUUACGAGGUCAAAUGUUGUACGUCCAUGAAUGGAAAGCAAUUAUUUAUUUAGCAACGCCUGUCCUGGAAAAUCUUGAUGUUAUGUUCAAUACUGGUUUAUUUAUUAAUGAUCUAUCCAUGCAUGAUUCCAGUCGAGACCUCGUUUUAGCUGGUACUCAGCAAAGUGCAGAACUGAAAUUAGCGCUUGAUCAAGAAAGACAAAAGAGUAAAGCUCUAGAGGAUAGUAUGAAGAAAUUAGAUGCGGAAAUGAAGAAAACCGAUUUACUUCUAUAUCAAAUGAUACCAAAGAAGAUCGCCGAUCGAUUACGAAGUGGUGAAAAAGCUGCUAGUUUAUGCGAGACGUUUGAAAGUUGCACGAUUUUGUUCAGCGAUGUCGUUGGCUUUACAUCCAUCUGUGCCGUUCUUACACCCAUGGAAGUGGUGUCUAUUCUCAAUGAAAUGUAUACAAAGUUCGAUAAAUGUUUAGAGACACAUAAUUGUUAUAAAGUGGAAACAAUUGGAGAUGCCUAUAUGUUGGUUAGCGGUUUACCUGAACGCGCAAGAAAUCAUGCCGCUGAAAUCAUCGAUAUGGGAUUAGAUAUGCUCGAUGCAAUUGUAACAGUUGCAAAUCCAACAACUGGCGAAAAACUUAAGAUUCGCAUUGGAUGUCAUAGUGGUCCAGUUGUCGCUGGUAUUGCUGGUAUCAAGAUGCCACGUUAUUGUCUAUUCGGUGAUACGGUAACAACAGCAAAUAAACUAGAACAACAUAGUAAAGCACUACAUAUCCAUGUUACUGAUGCAACAUAUAAAUCACUCGAUCGUAAAUCAUACGACGUUCAAGAACGUCCAAAAAUGCCAAUAAAUGGCACGGUAUCAAUAGCAACAUAUUUCAUCUUGAAUAAAAAAGAUCGUUCGGGCAAAGCUAUUUCACGUCCAUUCCACGCCGUUUUGGAAGCAAUGAAAAAACAAGAAACUGAAGAUGCAAAGAAAAAACAAUCAAAUACUCUGAAAGGUGGCAUUAGUCAAAACAUUUCUAUUCCUGCGCCUGCUCCUGCACCAGUAGCACCGAAAGAAAACGGUAUGGUUCAAGCAUUAACGGCAAAUCCAUUGGCUCCAACACCCAAGGAAAAUGGUAUAGAUGAAGAGCCAACACUUAAACCCAAUGUGCCAGCAAUACCUAUCGAAAUAUCUGCUCCAACUAAACAUGUUGCCGAGGAUGAUAUGACAGUCCAUUUAAUACAAAAUUCUCUAAUGAAAACUUCCAUGAACUCCGACCAGCUCAUAAAAACAUCGGAAGUCAUCAGCGAUCGCCAGGAUUCGACAAAGUCAUUAAAUAGACAAUCACGUAGCCGAGCGUGUAUACUUCUCUAG